CGAGACUUCAAGGUUUAAUCCUCACUUCCAUGUACUUAUUUUAUUCGCUACGGCCAAACUCUCAAAACUGGUUAUUCGAAAAAAGACCGCCUUGGUUUAGAUUAUUACAUACAACAACCCCCCUGCUGCCGCAAGGGCAAGUCUUGUCUUGUCGGUUAGACUCUGGACGACUGACUGAUACGUCACCUACCUGCUUAUAGCUGUUUUCCCCGUCGGAUCAUACAUACCUAUAUAGUACAUAUAUAAUGGUGCAGUAUAUCCACACGCCUUGGCGGGACCGCGGCGAGCUGCUGCGUGUUCGUCAGCAGUUUUACCCAGCCGUAACUGGCAGCACAGCCGACUCCUGCGAUAGAGAAGGGGACGAUAGCGGAAAGGGGAGGGCCGAGGAGGAGGCGGCGAAGCAGCACGCCGUGUCGCGCGUCUCCAUGUGGAUGCAGCGCGGCGGCUGUCCCCACUUGGUCGAGUCUACGGCCCUGCUCGUGGCCGCCCUCCUGAGCGACGUCCGCGAGACCAGGGCUACUUCGUCGUACGCUAUUCGCGCCGCGUACGCCGCGGCUUUUAGUCGCUUUGUAACCGGUCUCUUAGACAGCCAGCAGGACAAGCAGCGCAAGAUGAGCAUGUACUCGAUCGCCAAGACGAUCGGGUUGCCGGCGACUUUUGUCGAGCUGCGGCACCAAGCUACGCAUGAGCAACUGCCGUCUCUAUCGAAGCUCAAGACUGCGGCGAAGAAGGCACUGGCCUGGAUAUGGGACUACUACUGGAAGAAUCUGCCGGGGGAGGACGGUAGUGCCGGUGAAGACGAGCCGAAUGCUUGCCGGGGUUUAUUAUUAAGGUAUUUAGGCGAGGACUCGACGGUGCAAGAGAAGGUGCUGCAGAAGCGGUUGAAACAGUGGGACGAGACGGUCUUGCUGCAGAACUUGGCCGAGAUCGAGGAUUCGUCCGAGGACCCGAAGGUCAUCUCCCGAUGUCUACGGUUGUCGCAGGCUAUACUCGAUGGGGACUUUACGUCUUCGUCGGUUGUGAAGAGAGACGCGGAGAAUAUGGCUGCUAUAAGGACGUUGGACGAUGUCAAGGCUGAUAUGCAGGCGUUGGACGAGGAGCUUGAGGCGGUAGAGGGUGUUGGUAGCAUAUCUACAGCUGUUGAAACGCCUGCUCGGAUACCGUCGAGUCAGGUCAGGGGGUGGUCGAGGUAUGAAGGACCGUGGAAACCGAAGCCGAUUGGGGUUGUGUAAGUAGAGAGCAUAUUUACCUUGUUUGGGAUACUAUCUCUACGUAGUAAUGAUUAAGAUGAUACAUAUCCCCUAAAUAAUAUACUUACGACAUAGA